AUGGAUGCCACGUUCGUCAUCGCCAUCGGGAAAAGGAACAUGAGCGCAGGCUCCAUCCUUCCCCCUUUCAUUGUUCAAGUUCUCUCCGAAAUCCCAACACAGUCGUCGUUCGACCGGUCCAAGCCGGAGCGAAGUCUGAACUGCGUGCGGAGGCCGAAACGACGACAGCAGCAAAAUGAUCUGACAAGGCUGGGCACAGGCUUUCGCACCUUCUAG